GUCACGAGUCUCAACGGAGCACCCGGAACCCGGGGCUCGGCGACGCGGACUUCUGGCUCGACCCUCGCCGCGCUGUCUCCGCGCUCUCUCCGCAGGGCUCCUAGAAGCGCCGGCAUGGAGGACCCUCAGCAGGAGGCUGGGGCUGUCAGCAUCCCAAGGACAGAAGGCCGCUCAAAGCUUGACUCCCUCUCAAAGGAAGACCUCGUCAAGUUCACAAAGAAGCAGAUGAUUCUGUUGCAGAAAACGCGCGCGCGAUGCGAUGAGCUCAGCCGCCAACUUGAGUCAACAACUCAGAACGCCACUCCACCUACGGGCGACUCCUCCCUCAUUGAGGAGUUGAGCGUGAAGGUGAGCUCUGUUCUGCAUGAGAAGGCAGAAAUUGAGCUGCAAUUGAAGGAUGCAAAGGCCGGCUCAGCGCGGCUGGAGCGUGAGCUGGAGCGCGCCCGCUCACGACACCACGAGCAGGACGUCCUGCAUGAGGCACACGCCGCAGAGCUGGGCGAGCGGCUCGCCGAGACAGCCGCCCACGCGCUGCGCCUACAGGCCGACGUGGAACGGCUCACGUCCGAGCUGGAGAUAGGCCAGCGGGCGGGAGCCACUGCCACCGUGGAGAAGAGGGAGGAGGAGAUGGAGCAGCCAAGACGGGAGAAUCUGCGGAGCGUGGAGAGGAUGGUGGCAGAGUAUGAGCAGUGCGGCGACGUGGAGGCGGAGGUGGAGGAGGGAGCGACAAGAGCGAAAAUCCUGGAGCUCUUGCAUCAGUUGGAUAGGAUGAAGGCCCUUCACUGUGAAGAGGUGGAGAAGCUUAGGUCGCUUACACAUGAGGAGGUUGAGACUAUUAAGGUGCAACACUGUGAAGAGGUGGAGAGGUCGAAGGCCCUUUACUGUGAAAAGGUGGAGCAGCUUCGGUCACUUUCAAAUGAAGAGGCUGAGAAAAUGAAGGCUGUGCACUGUGAAGAGGUGGAGAGGAUGGUGGCCCUCCACAAGGAAGAGGUGGAGAAGCUUAAGUCACUUCCACAUGAAGAGGUGGAGAGGAUAAAGCUAGAAUUUGAUGAAGAGGUGGAUAAACUCAAGUCUAGUCACUCUGAAGAGAUGAAGCAGAUGAAGAUCCUUCACAGUGAGGAGGUAGAGAGGCUGAAGUCACUUCCACAUGAAGAGGUGGAGAGGAUGAAUGCCCUUCACUGUGAAGAGGUGGAAAGGAUGAUGACCAUCCACAAGGAAGAAGUGGAGAAGCUCAAGUCACUUCCACAUGAAGAGGUGGAGAGGAUAAAGCUAGAAAUUGCUGAAGAGGUGGAGAAACUCAAGUCUAAUCACUCUGAAGAGAUGGAGCAGAUGAAGAUCAUUCACAGUGAGGAGGUGGAGAGGCUGAAGACACUUCCACAUAGUGAGGUGGAGAAAUUGAAUGCUCUUCACUCUGAAGAGAUGGAGAGGAUGAUGGUGGAACACUCUGUUGAGGUGGAGAAACUGAAAUAUACUCAUCAACAAGAGGUUGAAAAUCUAACAUCUGCUCACACAAAAUAUGUGGAACAACUGAAGUGUGAUUGUGGUGAAGACGAUCAACAUCAGCAAUCAGUUCCGGGUAAAGAGGUGGAGAAGAUGAAAGCACUUCACAGAGAUGAGGUGGAACAACUGAAGUCUGAUCAUGGUGAAGAGGUGGAGAGGCUGCAGUCACUUUUUAGUGAAAAGGUAGAGAAGCUGAAGUGCCUUCACAGUGAAGAGGUGGAGAAGAUGAGAGCCAAUUAUUAUCAAGAGGUGGACAGUCUACCAUCUUUUCACAGGGAAGAGGUGGAACAACUGAAGUCUGACUACUGUGAAGAGGUGGAAAAUAUGAAGACCCUGCAUACAGAAGAGAUCGAGAGACUGAAGAAUGAUCAGUGUGAAGAGGUCCAAGAGCAGACAUCAGUUCCAGAUGAAGAGGUGGAGAGGCUAAAAGCACUUCACAUAGAUGAGGUGGAACAACUGAAGUCUAAUCAUGGUGAAGAGGUGGAAAGGCUCAAGUCUACCAAUUAUGAAGAGGUGGAGAGACUGCAGUGCCUGUCCAGCGAAGAGGUGGAAAGGUUGAAAGUCGAUCAUAAACACGAGAUUGAAAAUCUGUCGUCAGCUCACAGAGAGGAGGUGGAUCAACUGAAGAAAUAUUAUGAUGAAGAUUUGGAGAAUCUGAAGUGCCUUAACAAUGAAGAGGUGGGGAAAAUGAGAGCUGAUCAUCAUCAGGAGGUGGACAGUCUAACAUCUGCUCACAGGGAAGAUGUGGAACAACUGAAGUCUGACUUUGAUAAAAAGGUAGAUUCGCUCAAGUCUGCCCACUGUGAAGAGGUGGAGAAGCUAAGUGAAGCGGUGGAGAAAUUAAUAGCGGAUCAUCAGCAAGAGGUUGACGAACUCGUGUCUGCUCACAAAGAAGAGGUGGAACAACUGACGCGCAAUCAAUGUGAGCAAGGUUCAGUCACUGUGGAGAAACUGCAAGCUCUUCAUAAUGAAGAGAUGGAAAACAUGAGAGCCGAUCAUUGCCAGGUGGUGGACAGCCUAACAUCUGCUCACAGAGAUAAUUUGGAACAACUGAAAACACUUCCUGAGGAAGAGGUGGAGAAGCUGAAGGGCCUUCACGGUGAAGAGAUAGAGAAAAUGAGAGAAGGUCAUCUGCAAGAGGUUGAAAAUCUGGUGUCUGCUCAUAGAGAAGAGGUGGAGAAACUGAAGUCCAAUCACUGUGAAGAGGUGUAUAGGCUAAAAGUUCAUCACAAGGAUGAGGUUGGCAAAAUAACGGUUGAUCAUGAAGAAGAGGUGGAGAGACUGAAAUAUCUUCACAUAGAAGAGGUGGGGCAGCUGAGAUGCGAUUAUGACAGUCGGCUAGAAAGUCUUCGGUGCCAUCACGCCGAGGUAGUGCAGAGGCUAAAUGAUGAGCACCAAGUAGAGGUGGAAGGGCAGACAACUCUUGUCAAAGAAAAGAUGGAAAAGCUGAGGUGUAACCACAGCAAAGAGGUAGAAAUCCUUAAGUCUUGUCAUCAAGACGAGGUGAAGAGGAUAAGUUUGGCGCACACAGAAGAGGUCAAAGAUGUGAAUUCUGUCCAAGCGGUAGUUGUUGAUCAUGCUGUGUCCCAUCAUGACAAGACCGAGAAGAAGGAAGGGGUGGAGGUGGUGGUGGAGCGGGAAGAGGUGCAGGAGAUGACGGGUGAGGACACGCAGCUACACGCUAGGGAGGUGGAGUGGGGCACCGUGGCCAGUGUGAGGGCAAACACUGGGAAUCGAGGGGGCAGCACACAGGAUCAGGAGGGAAGCAAAGAAGAUCAAGAGAGAAUCUCUGAUAAUAGGGAGGGCAGCAUAGUGGGAAGCCUGCGUGGCAUUCGGGCCAUUUUGCUGCACCACUGUGCCUCAGAAGCAGAAAAGAACCAAGAACGUCUAACCCACAUGGCAAGCCAGCUGCAGGUUCUCCUCCGUGAGAUGGAGCAGGAUGAAGAGCCCCCGGGCGAAGGCGAUGGCGAGCAGGAGGAGGCUGCAAACCGGACAUUGCAGAGCAAGUGGCGGGAUCGGACGAUGGAUGCUGCGAGCAGGUUGAGAGAGACGCUGGAAGUGGCUGUUGAUACCAGCGGGCUGCUGUGUGGAGAAAUGAGACGGCUGCUGGAGGAGGACAAGGUUGAGGAGAAGGAGGCGGAGGAGGAGCAUGUGGUGGGACUAGGAGCUACUGGCUCUGUGGCCUCAACAGAGGUGGAGGAACUUCGCUCACAAAUAGUUGCUCUGCGUGAGGGCGAGGAGAAGAUGAACAAGAUGAAGGCGGUGGCUGUGAAAGCGCGGAGAGAACUCGACAUAUGUCGUAAACAGGUUCAGCAGCUGACAGAGGAGUUGGCGUCUGUGCGUGCGGAGAGAGCCUCAGCCCUGGGCUCCCUCGCGGAGCUCACUCAGGAGACCAACAGCUUCAAGAGCCUGCAGGUGGAGUUUGAGAAGCUGGCCAGGAGUCUUGAUGAAGAGAGAGAGAAAUCGAAAGCUGCAGACAAGAGGAUCGAACAACUUUGCAGAAGUCUUCAGGGCAGUACGCAGGAGUACGAGUCUGUGCGUGCGGAGAGGGAGGCCAUCGCCGGCCGCCUGAACCUGGCCGAGGCCACGGUGCGGAGAAUGACGGCAGCACUGGCGGAGGCUCAGAAGGGGCUCAAUGCUGAGCGCAGCCUCCACCAGCACACGGCCACGGAAUCCCAGGCUGCCCACCGGGAGCUGGAGGAGAGUCGCCGGGAGCUGGAGGAGAGUCGCCGGGAGCUGGAGGAGAGUCGCCGGGAGCUGGAGGAGAGUCGCAAGGAGGCUCGCCGGGGCGAACUGCUGGCAUUGGAGGUGGGGGACCUGGAGCGAGCAAGUUCCGACCUGCGCUCGCGCCUUGCCGAGCGAGACGCCACCAUUGCCGCCAUGAGAGACCUCGCGGAGACCCACGGAGCCACCGCCACCACCAUGAGGGCCGACCACGAGUCACUAAAAGCUUCUCUGGAGGCAUCGGAAGAGCGGAACGGAAAGAUGAAGCAGCUUCUUGUCAAGAUCAAGAAAGAACUUGCGGAUUCUCGUAAAACCGAAGCCGAGCAGCAGGCCAUUCUCGACACCUCACAGUCUCAGUUGGAGCAAGCCCAGCAACAGAUGGAAGAACAAAAGCUGCUGCUGGCGGAGGUGAGCGGGGAGAAGCACCGCUGCCAGGAGCAGUCCCGCGUGGCCGCCCUGCAGCACCAGGCCGCCGUGACGGCGCUCACGCUCAGGGCCGCCGUGCUGGAGGAGGCAUGCUCCUCCACCAAGGCGGAGUUGAAGUCGGUGCGUGCCGAGUUUGAGGCUUACAAGGUGCGCGUGCACAGUGUCUUCAAACAGCAGAAGUCUCGCUCGCCCGCCGUCGCCCCAACCGACUUGGCUGAGAAAGAGAGCGAGCGCCUGUCGGGGCUGGUGGAUCAGCUGACGCUGCGGCUGCAGGAGACGCGCGUGGCGUUGGAUGUGAGCCGAGGGGACGCUGAGGAGCUGGUGGUACAGGUGGAGGCUCUGACGGGGAGGCACGCACUUGCCCAGAGGGAGCACGCGGAAACGCAGGCCAGGUUGCAGCACGAGUUGACUGCGGUGCGGGCUGAAUGCGCGUGUCUGCGUGCAGAGCUGACGAGCUCCAUCACGACACUCAGAGCUCAGAGUGAGUCCGAGAAAGGAGCAUUGAAAGAACAGGUGAAGCGAGCGGAGGCAGAAAGGGACGAGAGUCGCCGCGCCGCUCACGACAUGCACGGCCGAGUGAGCCGUCUUGAGGCACAGGCGCUCGGCGCCAGCAGCCCGGCGGUAACUGCCCAGGCCUCCGCACAGGCCCCAGGCCGAACAGGGGCCCGGGAGGGGCUGGAGGCGGGGGGCUCGUGGGGUGUGGCGGCUCGCGAAGAGGGGGAGGGGAUGGAGGAAUCGGGGCCCCGAGCCCCACCGUGCCCCCCCUCCCUGCCCCCCACCCCGCAGCAGUCUCCCUCGCUGGAGCAACUCCUCAACAGCACAGAUGUCAAGAGUGUCGGCCCCGUGGGGCUGGAGCCGUCGAGCGAGCAGCUGGCGUUGGCGCUGGGCGCCGCGUCGCGCCGGGCCGACCACCUGAGCGAGGUGCUGCACGAGGCAGAGGCCACUAACGCUGUCCUGUUGGAGCAGAUCAAGGUGCUCAAGAGUGAGGUGCGCCGGCUGGAGCGCAACGCGGAGCGCGACGGCGCCGUCUCCAGCCUUGAGUACCUCAAGAACGUGCUGCUCAAGUUCGUAUCGCUGCCACCGGGCAGCGAGCGCCAGGCCCUGCUGCCCGUGCUGCACACCCUGCUGAGGCUCAGCCCUGAGGAGCGUGGCCUUCUCGCUCACAUUGCCAACGGAGAGGAGGAGCUGGACUCGGGUGGCGCGUCAGGAGGUUGGGUCUCCUAUCUGCCCAGCUGGUCCGGGUUACGCUAGAGGGAGCCACUCGCCCACGCACACACACAAUGCACAGUGGGCGACACCACACAGACCACGCCGUACAGCUCAGUGGGAAGACCGUGUUCAAGGCAAAGGAAAAUCCUCCACUAGAGGGAGCUCUCGUGUGCUGUUUGAUGUCCUACACACUAACCAGAUGUGUUGGAAGAGGGUCAGGGUUCCAACACUUCACUCUGCCACACGCAAUGCUGAUCGUAGACGGUGGUGAGCCCGAUUAAUUGUAUGGGUGGGCAGAGGUGGUGGGGGGGCGUUUAAGAAACGUGUACCCCAUUAUAACCGCCACGCCAAGAUCAAUUCGAACCAGCGACCCCGGAAAAGCAUUGCUCCUCGCACGCGCAAGUCGGGCCCUGAGCCUAGGAAUCGAUGUAAUUCAGCAUAAUAUAACAAACUCGACACACGUGUGUCAGUAAUGCUGAAUAGCGCAUGUAAUCGGCGACGUUUCCGUUGAUGGACCUUCGUCACACAGCACACAGAGAGGCCAGGAAUACGGGGUAGAUGACAUUGUAGUUGGAGAUGACACUGUGCACACCAUGGAUACCAAGGGGCCUGGGUAGAAAUGCAAUUUAAAAUAUUUUCCAGAUUUAACUUUUUUUACAAAUGUUUCCAAACACUCUUUGGUUGCAAUUUAAAAUAUUUUCCAGAUUUAACUUUUUUUACAAAUGUUUCCAAACACUCUUUGGUUCUUUCGGUAAAGUCACGUAGAAAGGAAAAAAAAUCACGACGUUUCGAUUGCAGCACAAGCAACCGUCAGAUGCAAGCUCGGAGACAGACAUAUACAGUGAGAGAGACACACAGAGAGAGAGAGACACUGAGAAACAACGCCUCUGUGAUGAGGUAUAGUAUAGAGAUCAGCGGCAUGGGGGAGAGAGAGGGGGGGUGGCAGAGAAAUUAGCAUGUCCAAUGAGAGACAAAUGCAGUCACGAAAGCUUCAAAUCAAGAUUGUUUCCAAACAGUCUCGUAUGGGCAUUUGAACAGUUACCCCUGAGUAGAUAUUUAUAUAACACAUUCACACACACACACGCUAACACACACACACACGUUAAUACACACAUGUUAACACAGGCACACAUUCGACCCACAUUCACACAUGUAACAAAGACAAAGAUCUUCCGUCUAACUUCAGCAAACUGUUGGGGUAAGUGCUGUUGGGGAGCACGUAUGAAGGCUGUUAUGGCACAAGAGAGGGUGGGUGGCCAGCACCACGCCCGGCCACCUUUGUUUUCCUUUUAGCGAGGUUUACACACCGCACCAGUAACUCAUUUAAGACUGAGUCGGCCUAAGGGAGGCCUAGAACCGGUUCAGAUAUUCGUCAUCGAUGUUGAUUGUGAGCAGGAAUUGAGCUCUGGUCACCGGGUUUGUAGUCCAGUGCCCUAACCACUGUGCCACCGCUCCCUACAAUCCAGGUCAAUGGUCAGCUCAGAGCCAGUGUUGGAUAAUUCCACAUUCCCAUGGCAGAGGUCAGUCUUCCCAUAGGAUGACCCAUGCUGCUUUCCUGCAAAGUAGUUGUUUAUUUUUUAUCAACCCCAGAGUAAUGAUGAUGGGUUUGACUCCCAAGAUUCGAACUCAUCAGUUGUAGCCACCAGUGAUGCUUGUCCUGAUUGGGGUUUAUGGUGCAAUAGCCGGGGACUGUGGGCACAGUAGUAGUCUUUUUUGAGUUCAAAGUUCUGGGCAAUUAAUUUUAUUUUGCACUUCUCUGCUGAUUGGAUCAGUGGUUUGCGGGACGCGUGCGGUGUGAUUGCUCGGUCUGUGAGGUGACGCAGCCCGCAGUGAAUCCAAGGUGUAACUUCCCUUCGUUGAUGGGCAGACGAUUCAUCUUCUCCCUUUAUCUGUCUCUCCACAUGAAAAAAAUUUACUUUUUUUUUACACAUCUCAUCAGCCACACGGCCGUCUGGGAGUGCAUAAUUUCAGCAGCAUUGGCUCACCACGAGAAAAACGCUUGACUGGUUUUGACGUUCAUUGUCUCAUCAUCAGUCAAGAUUUCCUGAGCCAAUGGUGGUGAACUGCCAGAUGUUUAUAGGCAAGAGCCCUCUUAAAGAUGGGUCCUAGCUUUACGUAAAACUCUUGAUACACAACAAAACCUAAUCAAGAGUGUUUUGGAGACUAUAAUAAAAUAACUAAGCAAACAGUGUCUCCACGUAUCUGCUCCUCUACAUUAUUUUUUUUCAAGCAUCGUUUACACAUUCCAUCAGCCACAAUGCCAGAUACGUAAAAGAGGUGUAUUGUCUGCGUAUUUAGCUUCAUGGAGCCAUCGUCUUUGAUGGCUCAGGGCUUUAAUCACACCUAGCAGAACGCUGUCUCUUUCUUGUCAAAUCGCUCCAAGCUCAGUUCUCGCUCCUGGGUUCAAGCGGUCAUGACUGCUGAUGAGACACUGAAUGUUAAAUCCAGUCCAGGGUAUUGCUGUCUUAAAGCUCUGCUGCUGAAAUAAAUUAACUGCCGGAAGACUUUGGCUGAUGGGAUGUGUGAAAAAUAACCUAUUUUAUUUUAUAAUGAUAAUAAUUUCAACGUUUAACACGCCGCCAUACAAUAUUCGGAGAGAGAGGACGACUCGGAGACACGAGGAGCUACAGACGAGCGAGUGCGAACGUGGCCACCGGCUGAGCGAGUGCCAACAAUCGCCCAAGCUCUGCUGCUCUCUAUACGGGGUGGCCCGGAAGUCAGACACACAGGGUUAUUGAAACAUUUAAUUGUUUAUUUUUUGUUAUAUAGGAAAGAGCCCUUUUAAAGAUGGGUCCUAGCUUUAUGCUUGGACCCAUCCAGCAUCAUUGGGCGAUUUGCCAGAAUAGUGAACCAAUCUACCUCUGUUCUUAAAUAGAGCAAGAUGACGUCAUCACUGAACACAUCAGGUGCAGAGAUCAGAGACGUAUUCAAAUUUUAAAUGUUGUGGAUUUAAUCUCCAACACACCGGUGGGCUGUAGUAGCUAAUUGGCACGUUGUUUACGUGACAAACCUUACUGGCUGUGUCGGGUGGUGGAGGGUUACGACACAUUUAUACUGACGCGAUCUAACCCAAAAACCUUUAUUAUGGAUAAUAUUGGUCGCGAAAGUCUACGUGUUCAACUAUUUGUUAUCUAUUGUCAUUAUUAAUAUCAAUAUUUCUUCCUGUGGGGAUACAUCAAAUCUGUCAUUUACAAAACUUGACCAAGAACCAUGAAUUAAUUGAGACGAAAUAUAAUUGAUGAUUGUUCAAAGAUUACACAGUCUAAUCUUUUUUAAAACGGCUAAUUAAUUUCUUAAUAUAAUUUUUGCACGUAUUCAUUUGAUGGAAGUCAGUUUGAACGUUUCUUAAAUUAUUCAAACGAAUAUAAUGACCUUGUGUGUCCUAAUUCUUGGGCCACCCUGUAUAUAAAGGUUUUAUCGGACAAUCAGUGGAAGAAUUCCGGAGCACCUGGAGAACACCCACACAUG